GGGCAGGGAGUAAAAAAAAUGAAAAUUCAAAUAUUGAAAAUUGCUGUGGGUUGAAGGGGUUAAUUUUUCUAGAUGAAAGCUGCCCUAUGUUUGGUUGCUAUUAGCAACAAGAGCCAGAGCCUAAUAUACAUCUAAACUGUUUGCUAAACGGCAGCAAAGAGAACACCCCUCCCCCAAAACAUAACAGGUACCCCUGCCUUCAGCUAAUUCUGCUCUAAAUAGCAGAAUUUUAUCUGUCACUUCUGCUGUAUAUGUCAAAAAGCAGUCUCCUGGGCGCCAACAAAAUGGCUGCUCUAGCGGAGACAGAAGUACUGCGUGUGAUAUCUUAGUGGAUGACACCUCUAGCGCGCGUACGUCACUACUAACCGGAAGUAGUACUUGUAUUGACGUUCUAUCUUUCUCUACAGGGCGGAAGUUGUCCGGAAAUUACGUAAGAGCUCUUUUUUUUUUUCGGGUUGUCAUCUGAGUGUCCCUGGCCCGUGAGUACCGACAGGCUGCAAGAGGCCGGGGGAUGAGUGUUACCCGGUAGUUUGUGAAGAGACGCUGAAGCAGGAUUUACUCUGGACUCCAUUGCAUUACCCCAGGCGGUUGGUCACAAUGAGCGGCGCUGCCCUCGGUAUAGAGGUCGUGUUUGUCUUCUUUCUUGCCCUUUUCCUCCUUCACCGAUUUGGGGACUUCAAGAAGCAACACCGACUCGUGCUGGUGGCCACUCUGCUGGCCUGGUGCCUGUGCUUCCUGAUCGUAUUCAUCAUACCGCUGGAUGUUAGCACAACAAUAUACAACCGAUGCAUCGCCAGGAACGCGGUCACCCCUGCCACUAUCAACGUCAGCCAGUUUACUACGACCACGCGAGCUGCCAUUACCAAUGCCUCCUCCUCCUCUGCUUUUGUGGCUUCUAACCCUGUAAGUGUGGAGAGCAGUUCACCCCAGAAAUGCUACAAGCCGUGGAGUUACAUCCCCAGGGGCAUUAUGCCCAUCUUUUGGCGUGUGGUCUACUGGACAUCCCAGUUUCUUACUUGGAUCCUCUUGCCUUUCAUGCAGUCUUACGCUCGAUCCGGGGGCUUUUCUAUCACAGGGAAAAUUAAAACAGCCCUGAUUGAGAACGCCAUCUAUUACGGCACGUACUUGCUGAUCUUUGGCGCCCUUUUAAUCUAUGUUGCCGUUAACCCGAACCUUCACCUUGAAUGGUAUCAGCUGCAGACCAUAGGCAUAGCUGCGGCCAACACUUGGGGUCUUUUCCUCCUCGUGCUGCUGUUGGGGUACGGCCUAGUAGAGAUCCCACGCUCCCACUGGAAGGGAGCAAAGAAAGGCUAUCUGCUGAUGAAGACCUACUUCAAAGCAGCCAAACUCAUGACGGAAAAAGCAGACGCAGAGGAGAACCUGGAGGACGUCAUGGAGGAAGUUCGGAAAGUGAACGAAUCUAUUAAGUACAACCACCCCCUGCGAAAAUGUGUGGACACCAUUUUAAGAAAGUGUCCUGCCGAGUACCAAGAGAAGAUGGGGAGAAACAUGGAUGACUAUGAAGACUUUGAAGAGAAAAACAUCAACUAUCCAAGUGAGAAGACGCUCGUCAAACUUCACAAGCAGGUGAACUAUGCUGUCCAGAGACAUAACCGCACCCAGGUCCAGUGGCGGAUGCUCCUGGAACAAGCCUUUCACCUGGAGGAUGUAGCAAAGAAUGAGACCAGCGCCACCAGACAAUUUGUCCAUACCUUCCCUCCCCUGGAGCCAGAAAGCUGGAUCACCAGGCACGUCUACACCCCCGCCCUCGAGUGGUACUGGGAGUGUUUUCUGCGCCCCUGGUGUUCGCGGAUCUUGGCCGUGGUCUUGGCGCUGUUCUCCGCUGUGGUGGUGUGGUCGGAAUGCACUUUCUUCAGCACACAUCCCGUCUUGUCUCUCUUCGCUGUCUUCAUACAACAAGCAGAAAGGACCUACAAUUAUAUUUAUAUUGAGGUGGCCUGUUUCUUCACCAUAUUCUUCUUGAGCAUCUGUGUCUAUUCUACCGUCUUCAGGAUCCGGGUAUUUAACUAUUACUAUUUCGCUUCCCAUCACCAAACGGACGCAUACAGUCUCCUGUUCAGCGGCAUGUUGUUUUGCCGCCUGACGCCUCCGUUGUGUCUGAAUUUCUUGGGUCUGACUCACAUGGAUGGAUCAAUUUCCCACCAAAAUACUGAGCAGACGGCCUACACAUCAAUUAUGGGAUCUUUAAAGGUCCUACCGCUCAUUGCUGAUGUAUUUUACAUCUAUUACCCCAUGCUGGUGGUCAUUCUAUGUAUUGCCACUUAUUUCAGUUUGGGGACGCGCUGCUUGAACUUGCUUGGAUUCCAGCAGUUUAUGGGGGACAACGACAUGACAUCUGACCUGACCGAUGAGGGGAAGGAGUUAAUCAGGAGAGAGAAAAGAAAGCGCCAAAGGCACGAAGAUGGAGAAACUCGCAGAAGGGAGUGGAAGGAGCGCUACGCCAGUAACAGGGAAGACUCCAGCCGAAACAGGAACGUCAACUCUGAACCAAAAGAGCCGACGUACACAGAAAUGACCACCAGCCGAUCAUCAAAGUACACGCGGUCAAAUAACCGCACAGAACGGGAUCGGAUAGAGCUGCUGCAGGAUGCCGAGCCCCUGGAUUUCAAUGCGGACACUUUCACAGAUGAUCCACUGGACUCGGAGUCUGGAAGAUAUCAGCCAGCCGGACGGUAUUUAUCCAUGUCUAAGUCAAACAGCAAAAUAUUUGACGAUGUAUAAUGCCUGCAGAUUGAACGCCUCAAGCACUAAAGAAUGAACCUCCUUCCUCGCAGACCCAACAUGGUAUCCAAUGCAGGGGAAUAAUACCAGUAGGUAGGGUUUAUCUGUACAAGUGCGUCCCACACACAUAUUGACUGGGACCCGGCCACCAGGACAGACGGUUACAGUGUGGGAAACUGCUCACACGUAUUCACUAUGGACCGGGUGUCUCUAUCAGCUGCAUGCACAUGUACACAACCCGCAGGCCUCUGCUCAACAAGAUGAGAUGAGACACUUACUGUAUAAAAAUGUUACACAAUCCUGUGCAGUGCAGGUCACGUAUAUAUAUCAUCAGUGCAAACGCUGCUGCUGCUCUAUUUAUUGGGGUUGUCUCUGCUGUUCUCCUGCUUGCACAUAGUGGCUGUAAAAAGCCGGGCCUGGAACUGGAACUGACUUUUUAUCAUUGCAUCAAGUAUGGCUGACUACUCUGUAUACAGCACAAUAGAAGUGAAUGGGUUUCUACAAAACCCCAUUCGCACUGGAGAAAAAAAUCUGCAAGGAUUGUAGGCCUCCUCUGGAUUUCCAUAGCUGCGGCAUGCGCCAUACGUCGCUGCAGAAUUAGCAUUUUGUGUCUCUCUGAAGGACGGUGUUACAAAAUCAGAUCUAUAGAAAUAUAGCAAAAACAUCAAUAUAGUCAGCGAAUUACACUGGAUUCUGUCUUUGCAUCUUCCCUUCAAUAUUUUUCACCGGGCAUUUACACUUUUUCGAGGGACCGGUAUAGACAACAUGGGACACAUGAGCACAGAGUAUUUUAGCUUUUCAUAAUUCUCUUUAGAUAUCAAGGGCUCAUACACAGCCGUAUUACAGCCUCUCAAGUAUCUGGCCCCAUACUGCACCCCUGUAUGCUUCUGCCUGACAUAUUAUGGAGGUAAUUCAUCUCUGUAAUACAGAGGAAUGAUAUAGUCUCCACAAUACAGAACCAUUCACACAGCUAAAUUACCUAAACAAUUACCUAAAUUGUUUGAAAAUUUGUGCUGAUUAAUAUCAUAACAUCUUUAUCAGGGUUAGAUCUCUAUUUUUCUGAUACAGAGCUCCAGAUCCUCUGCAUCGAUAUACUAACGUGAUACAAGUCAUUGUUCCUGCAGCGCCACUAGGGGGAGCUCAGGAUUUUACUGCAUAG